AUGCGCCCCCCGUCCGGCCCGCGGCCCGAAACGACGCGCGCGCAGGUGCCGCGGUCGCGGCGGUGGCUCGCCGCGGCGCUCGACGCGCUCGAGGCGGGGCUCGCCGCGAGGGACGACGAGGGCCGCUACCGCGGCCCGCUCUUCGUGGGUGGCGCCGACGAGGAGGACGAGGCCCCUAAAAGGAACGACGAGUGCACCCUGCAAGACCUGCCGCGGCUCCUCGACGCGGUCCUGGCGAAGCUGCACCACCUCCACGUCGACGACGACGUCGACGUGGCCACGUUCUACGACGCGGCGCCGCGCGGGCCCUCCCUCGUGAGGCGGCUCCUCGAGCGCGUGCGCCGCGCCUGCCCCGCCGCCUCCGUCGACGGCGGCGCGCCGCGGCCCGCGACGCCGGCGGGCGAGCCGAUCCGCGUCGGGUUCUUCAGCGGGCGCCUGCGGCGGUCGCCGGCCGUCCGGUUGGCCGUCGCGGCGGCGGCGGCGCUGGGCAGGGACGGCGCGUUCCGGACGGUCGCGUGCUGCUUCCCUACGAGUCCCGCGGACGAGUGGACGCGCGCGGCCCUCGCCGCGUUCGCCGAGGCCGCGCCGCUGCCCGCCGACGGCCCGGGCGCGGCGCGGGUGCUGGUGGAGGCGCGCCUAGACGUGUUGCUGUUCGUGGACCUGCCGCUCGACGCGCGUGCGCUGCCGUUCGCCUCGAAACGCUUCGCGCGCGUCCAGGCCGCGCUCGUCUGGGCGCACUUCGGGGGGAGCCCGGGCCUGCCGCAGCUCGACUACUACCUCGGGCUCGACGGCGCCGCCGACCAAUCCAAGUUCGCGGAGCAGGUCGUGCGGCUCCGUCCCAUGACGCUGCCCCCGGACCCGCCGGCGCUGGGCGAGCGCGAACGGAGGCGCGGCGCGGACGCGGAGGCGCGGCGCCGGCUCCGGCGGCGGCACGCGGCGCCCGACGCGCACCUGUUCGUCGUGCCCGCGGCGCUCGACCGGCUGGCGCACCCCGCGGGCGACGGCGCGCUGGCGGCGGUGCUCGCCGCGGACCCGAAGGCCGUCGUCGUGGUCGCCGCCGCGAAGGCGCCCUCGGAGGACUUCCCCGACCGCGCCGACGAGCCCCCCGCGGCGGCGCCGCCCGUCGCCGCGGCCCUCCAGCGGCGCAUUUGCACGAGCGGCGGCUGGAGCCUGGCGUCCGAGGCGUGCGGCCGCCUCCGCGUGCUCCGUCCGCUCCCGGUGUCGGAGCUGCGCGCGCUCGCGCGGGCGUCGGUCGCCGUCCUCGACCCGACGGUCGCGGGCCACGCGGACGGGCUCCUCCUCGCCGCGCAGGAGCACGCGCCCGUCGUGUCGCGGCGCUCCGGCGUCGUCGACGCGCUCGCGGGCCGGGGCCAGGCCCUGGUCGCGGACGACGACGCCGCGUUCGGGCGGGCGGCGCUCCGCCUCGCGACGCAGAGGGACCUGCGGCGCACCGCGGUCGCGGCCGCGCGGGCCAACGCCGACGUGCUCUUCGGGGGCGACGCCGGCGGGGACGCGGACGACCUCCGCGCCUUCCUCGCGGCCGCGGCGGGCCGCCACCCCCUCGCCGCGGCGCGCGCGGCGGCCGCGCUGCGCCGCCGCGCGGCGCUGGUCGUCGCGGCGGCCGUCGCGGCAGCCGUUGCGGCGGCGUUGACCCUGCGAGCGCUGCGCCGUCGCGAAGGCCCCCCGCCAGCGCCGCGGCGGCGCCGGGCGAAGGGCCGCCUGUGA